AAGCAAGGCCAAAGUUCCAGUAGCACACAGAGUCGCAAGAUCACCGAGUGAGAUUUUUUUUCAAGUCUAGACAGCUGCCAUAAACAUUCAACUACGUAAAAACAAUGAUGCCAUGGGUAAUAACCUUUCCUUGCACAUGCAAACACAAUACAAAGCAAUGCUUCCACAUUUGCCCUGCAAUUGUAGCAAGCACACUCAAUGCCUCAUUCAGAAUGUACCUAGAGGGCGCUUUUGCAACAUACCUAGGUAAUGAACAAGGUUAUGAUAUUAAACAGGCAAGAAAUUCAGAGAAAGCUAUGACGGCUUUGGCCCGCUUCAGAAAUGCACAAAUGGGCGAUACAAAGAUGAAGGAGCGACGUCCGUACCUCGCCAGCGAGUGUGAAGAACUUCCCAAGGCCGAGAAGUGGCGGCGUCAGGUGAUCUCUGAAAUUUCCCGGAAGGUUGCUCAGAUACAGAAUGCUGGUUUGGGAGAGUUCAAGAUACGGGAUCUGAAUGAUGAAAUCAACAAGCUGCUUAGAGAGAAAGGCCAUUGGGAAGCCAGGAUUGUAGAACUUGGUGGUCCAGAUUAUAGGAAAGUUGGACCUAAGAUGUUGGAUCAAGAAGGUAAAGAGGUUCCAGGAAACAGAGGUUAUAAGUAUUUUGGAGCUGCCAAAGAUCUACCCGGUGUGAGAGAACUCUUUGAACAAGAACCUCCUGCUCCUCCUCGGAAAACAAGAGCUGAAUUGAUGAAGUUGAUCGAUGCUGAUUACUAUGGUUAUCGUGAUGAAGAUGAUGGUGUACUAGUACCUCUUGAGAUGGAACAUGAGAAAGAUUUGAUAGCAGCAGCCGUUAGUGAAUGGACAAGUAAGAAAGAAGCUGGACUUCUGGAAGGAUUGACACAAGGAGAAGAGAAAGAAGAAGAAAACAUAUAUGCUGUUCAACAAGAUUCUGGAUCAGAGGAUGAAGGAGAAAAUGAGAAGGAGAUGGAGGUUAUUGAUGGUCAGCCAAGAUAUGUUGCUCAUGUUCCAGUGCCUUCACAGAAAGAGGUUGAAGAAGCCCUCUUAAGGAGGAAAAAGAUGGAACUAUUAGAAAAGUAUGCCAGUGAGACAUUACAACAGCAGGGCAGUGAGGCUAAAACAUUAAUGGGAUUAUGAGAGAAAAAGCCACCUUAAAGAACUUAUUGUGCCUCUUGAAUAAACUACCUUCCAAAAGUUUUCCUGUGGAGUUUUAUCAACUUGAGGUUGUGAUGAAGAUGGACAUCAGGUAAAAUGGAAAGGAAAGAAGAAAUGGAAGAAUCAAUAGCUUAUAAAAACUCAUCAUGGAUGUUAUGGAAGAUAGUUGAGAGAGGGCCAAGUUAUUCCAUACUUCAAGGAUACUCAGCAAGGAAUGAAACUUGUAGACAUCAAAUUAGGUUUGUUGAAAGGCGAACUGGUUUGAGUGUUCUCUUCUCUCAUACAAGAUGCAGCAACGAUGGGCUGAUCCUCAAAAAUAAGAUCAUGUGUUUCAAGUACUAGUGGAACAUUUUAGAGAUAAAGAUUCAUAUUACAUCUAUUUUCUUGUCAAAUGUUAUGAUUUGAACCCCACUGAAUUUGCUUUCUUGGACUACAAUGGCUUUCUCAUAUCAAAGAGAAAUUAGUGCUGGUCUGGUAGAAACCAUUGAAUUAUGAUUGCAUUGUAAACCAGUAAAUGCUAUGGUGAUGGUAUGUUCUAACCGGCACUGACCACCCUAGUGAUGGGACUUCAGAGAUCUACAGUGUAAUUUGAAUGAAUCGUAAGGUCCUCUUCUGUGUUCUCUGGGCUAGAUGAAGAUUUCAGUAAAAAAAAAAAAUAUUUCAAAAAGUAUGAAGGCACAUCAUGUAAUUUUGUCCUUAUAAAUUGAGCAUAGAUGAAAUACCUUCUUUCAUCAAAGGGAACAAGUGGCAUGAAAUGAAUAUUGUAAAAUAGCCGUAAAAUCAGGCAUUGCUGACCAUUUGCUGAGCAACCAAGCAUGCACAGAACAAUUCUGUCAAUCUUUGUUUAAGGUGCUCAGCUGAGCAAGGAGUUUCACUCACUUGCGCAUGCUCGAGGCAGCAUAUAUUCAGCCAACUGACCCCAUUAUCAGUAGACAAUUUACCCCAGUUUACUUCAUUCAUGCUACAUACAUAUACAAGGGUAGUUUAUGUGAACUCUAACUUCUUCAGAUAAUUAGAGAUAGAGUGGAGGAAACAUUUUGCUAUCCUUGGCCCCGGCCUCAGUCUGCAUUAAGUUUACAAUGUACAACAAGAGAAAAAUUAUAUCCAAUUGCGAUUUGACUUAGCAUUCUGAGCCUCACCUCCUUCCUUGCCAAUGAAUACUGAAAGACUAGUAGUCUUAGUCUUUUAACUCCAUGAUGGUAUAGCUAACAUUGUUAUUGAGAUAAGUGGAACAUCACAUUUUCUUAUUUGUUUGUUGCUUCAUAUAUUAGACUGAUGGAAACAUGUAUUAUAUGUAAAAUACCUACUGUAAAUCUUGUAGAAAAAAACAUCUGGAAAUAAAAGUAUCAACAUUUCAUAUA